CUCAUACUGUUGUCCAAAUUGGUACUGUGGUUCACCGCUUAGAUCAGCUACAUGGUACUGCCUAUGGUUGUGGACCUUGUGGUGAUGGUCAUCGUGAUAUUUAAUAUGUUUAAUAACUGUCCUCGUCGGUGAAGUGUUUCUCUGUCAGAAAAGAAUUUAACAAGUAUUCGGACACUUUAUGGAAGCUUUUCAUCAUAUGUAGGAAUGAAGUUCAACAGCAAGACUCUUCUAGCUCUAAUAGGGUAGAUGGAAUCCCUAAGUGGUGCUACAAGUCCCCUUCUUAUUUACAAGGGCAUGUUAUAUCUCCAUGCUCGCAAUUCUUUAAAAUCUUCACAAGUCAGUGCUUAUAGCCAAUUUGUGAUCCACAGACUGUUAGUUUUGCUCCAUGAAUCGAUAAAAGCAGUUCCAUCAGCAGCCUCAGAAAAUUCCUAUAGAUGCUUAGAUGAAAUAGUCUGUAUUCUCGUUCCCCACAGAAUAGAAGAAAUGCAGAAGGAGAACCCAUUCAGGGUAAUAAAAUGAAAACAAACCUUUAGCACACUGCUAUUGGCCAGAACUUUAAGGCCUUGCCACUUUUUAAAGCUGUGAGCCUCGAUUGACAUCGUAGUAAACAAGCAAUUCUGACACAGAUCAAUUUCCUGAUUUUGAUUGUUUGUAAAAUUAUCUGGGUUGCUGUUGCAGAGAAAGCUUCGUGUAAUCAAAAGGGCUGGCCAAUCCAAGUCUUGCCAUAGGCCUUGGGACUUGUAGUUGAAGAUCUCUCGGGCCAAAUGCAUAAAGACUGCAAGCUUUAUUUUGUUAGUCCCUUUUCGAUAAAUUAAACUGCUUCGUACUUACUUCAUAAUUAUAAAUUCCCAGAUAAAAGUACUUUGCAUGUUAGCUCGCACUGGAACAGAAGAUUCACUUUCCAGAAUUGCAAGGAUUAUUAAUGAUUAUGGACUUUCAGGUUCAGUGGCUUAAUCCACUAUUUUAACACUAAACAAAUCAACUACAAGUGCAUGAAAGGAAAUGAGAAAAACCUUAGCUGUACGAUUUUGAAUUAGUUAAUAAUUCCAUUUCCAUUGAAUUGAGUAUUACAGCUAGGUUCUGAGAGGAGAAUGUGCGUGUAAAAGUAGCAAAUAAUAAAAUGCAAGAUACUUGUACAGACCAAUAAACAUGAAGUUAUAGAGAGAUGCCCUACAUGUGGCUAAUGGUUUGGAGACAAAGUAAAAGAAAGCUUAGAGAGUGCGCGUUCUAAACACUUAUCCGGUACAAUAUUUCACAUGGCAUGACAUGUUCUCAAAUUCUCAUAGUUUCUGCACCCGUACAACUCCAAUAAUUCUCCCUUAUUAUUUUCAAACAUUUUUACAGACAUCCUCAUGUGUGUUUAUAUUAUCGAACCCGAAGUCGUCGUGUAUCAUGAACUCCAUAAUUUUCUUCUGUAUGUGUAUAUGGCUUUAGGUAUUUUAUCUCCAUGCUUUUCUGGAUGUGUUUGUGUUCAUGUAGAGGGGUGUAUGUAUAAAGAUCUCCAUAAUUUUCUGUGCGUGAUAAAAUACUUCUAUAGCAGGAUAUUAAAAUAUGCAUGUACAUCUAGUAUAUAAUUAUUGAUAAGAUGAAAGGAUUCUAUUCCAAUAAGUCUGAGCACGUGGUCUCUGAUUGCUCUUGUUAUAAAUUGGAGUUAACUAGUGCACAUAUGCUACUUUCCCAGUAAUACAGUUGAGAUUCAACCUUCUUAUAUACCAGCUGUUGAUAGCUGUCCCAAUCUGCCCAUGUGACCCCACUAUCCAUCUAUCUAUCUAUAUAUCUAUCACAAGUUAAGAUUAUGAUGAUAUUCUGGUGUCUAUAUAAUAUACUAUACACAUAUGCACACUAUUGCAUUACUUAUAUCUCUUUAGCUACAUUGCAUUGAGUUGUGACCAAAGAAAUACUAAUGGCACAAUUGCCUCCCAAAGUCCCAAACAUGACACCAAACUGGCAUGAUGCUUCCCACCACCAAAGAAUGCCUUCAAUGGAUAGUUUGGGCUUGGCUGCUUCCAAUGGCGGCCCUUCGUGGGCUGAUGAGUUCCUCGACUUCUCGUCGACGAAGCGUGGUUCCCACCGGAGGUCUGUCAGCACCGACUCAAUUGCGUUUCUCGACCAAAUUCCAAUGGCGCAAAUGGAACAAAAAGAAUCCCGAAGAUCCUCUGCACCAGGGUCCAGGAGGAGUGCAACUGAGUUCGAUGGGUUUGAUGAAGAGCAGUUCAUGGCUAUGUUUAUUGAUGAUACAAUUGCCGUUCCAACAGUCUCUUGCUCCAAUCCAUCGUCACCCUCUGAUCACAGUAGCAUGGAUGAUGAUAAACAUAGUAGUCUUAUGCUGCUCAGUCAUGACCAGCAGAUGAAGAAGCAGCAGAAGAUACCAAUUGAAUCCGAGGAGAUGGAAAGUGCAUCAGACGGUCAGCAUGAAGCCAUUGGCAAUGCAAGUACAGACAAUUACAAUGAUAAAAUCUUCGAUCCAAAAAGGAUUAAGAGAAUAUUGGCCAACAGACAAUCAGCACAGAGGUCACGGGUGAAGAAACUGCAUUACAUAUCCGAGCUAGAACUCGGGGUUAACUCAUUACAAGCUGAGGUCUCAGUGUUAUCCCCAAGGGUUGCAUAUCUAGACCACCAAAGACUGGUUCUAAAUGUGGACAAUAGUGUUCUUAAACAAAGACUUGCAGCUCUUGCCCAGGAUAAGCUCUUCAAAGAUGCUCAUCAAGAAGCAUUGAAAAGGGAAAUUGAAAGACUGAGGCAAAUAUAUUACCAACAGAACCUGAAGAAGAUGGAAAAUGAUGACUCAACACCAAAAUCUACCAAAUCACUAUUACAAUCUCCGGAAAACAUUUCUAAUCCCGCCAAUGGCACUGCACACAGUGAACAAAUUAUGAUCAGCUGAUCACAGAAUCCAGAUUAAUCAGCCUAGUGGCAAAAAUUCUGGCAUUUUGUAACAGUUACGAUUUCGCGCAGGGAUAGAAUGAAGGAACCUCUGUCUGCAAUGAAAGGGCGGACAUGGAUUCCAGCUGCUCUGCUUCUGCUUUAAUGCUUUUCUUCUCUAAAAUUACUUGCACAUGCAAUAAGAAUUAUUCAUGUGACAUAACUCUCUUCCCAUGCUAGAGGAGGAGCCCACUGUUUUAUUUCCAUGUUUUAUGGCAAAACCACCACUUGUACCUCACAAAGGAAUGGGAGCAAAUGUGCUCUGUAAUGUUGUUGAUUAGUACUGCUUAUUAAUUAUUUUAAUUCAAUUGUUAAUAAAUUUCUGAUUCCUCUUAUUGUA